AAUGGAAGAAAAAACUAUGGAGAUAACAAAGCUGGUAUGUUGUACAUUUAAUCAUAGAAAAUUGAAUUAAAUGCAUAGAAGCACUUAAAGUAAAUAAGAUUUAAAACAUUUGAAAACAUUAGAGAUUUGCGAGCCAAAUUAGAAUAUGAUGAUUUAAUAAAAUAAUUUGAUGAGUAAUGCAAUAUUGUUGGUAUUAUCUAACUAAUAUUAGAUGAACAAUAUUUAGAAUUUUAGUUAGAUCAAAAAGCAAUAGAAGAACAAGAACAUGAUGCCAAAGUAUAUGAAAAAUCAAUGUUGGCCAAUUUAGAUAAUAUAAAUUUUGAUAUGGAAUCAACCUUAGAUGAAGAAUUUGUAUCAUGA